UAUUAUCGAUUGCUCGAUUGUUUUGAGAAAAUGAGCAGCAAAUCAAUAUUUCCUAUUAAUUUGGAUAGUUUUACGGAUAAGGAACGUCACAAUUAUAUUCUUAAUCAUUAUGUGCGGACCUCUAUUGCUGAAGGUGAAUCGCGUAAGCAUAAGCGGGAUAUUGACGUUAUACGUGAGAAUCAUCGCUUUCUUUGGGACGAGGAGGCUGCAGCCGACAUUCGCACAUUGAGCUGGGAGCAACGUUUGGCCUUACGCUACUAUCGAAAACUGUUCAAAGAGUAUUGCAUAGCCGAUCUCACGCGCUACAAAGAGAAUAAAAUCGCUUUACGCUGGCGAACCGAAGAAGAGGUGGUUACCGGCAUAGGUCAAUUCCAAUGUGGCAGUCGACAUUGUGGUGAACGCGAAAGUUUACGUAGUUGGGAGGUCAAUUUUAAGUAUAUCGAAGAAGGUGCUCCACAAAAUGCAUUAGUCAAGUUGCGCCUUUGUCCCGUACAUACGGAGCAACUCAACUAUCGAACUAAGAAAAAAGAACAUAAGCGACAGAGGCGCAGAGCGAAAGAGGAACGUAAUAAUGAGCGUAAGCAAAAGAGACGCAAAAUAAAUCAAGAUAGCGAGAAAGAUCUCAUUGAAGGCGAAGAGUUAGAGGAAGAGCAACAGGCCACAAGCAUUGUAAAUGCAGCUGAGGACGAGCAGAUUUGGAGUAAACAACUGGACCUAAGCAAGGAACAACCAUCAAGAGAACAGGAAUUCGAGCGUUAUCUAGAGGAUUUACUAUUAUAAAAGUUGACACCGGUUCUUAAAAAUGGAAAACAAUUAUGGGUUUCGUUGAAAAAGUCUUUACAUUUGGUUCUGUUGACUGAACUGUUGUAAAUACAAUAGCUUUCUCUUUAUUUAUAUAGAGCUAUAGCUCCUCUAUGGCUAUAUCAUCUACAGACUGCACUUUGCAGACAUGUACAUAAAUAUACAUACAUUUACAUUU